AUGGCUUCACGAUCCCCAUUCAACUUGGCCACUUGUGCCCGUCCGAAUAUCCUAGCAUUGCAGCCUUACAGAUGUGCCCGAGAUGACUACAAAGAUGAUGGCACAAACGUCCUCCUCGACGCCAACGAGAAUGCCUUCGGUCCUGGACUUGCCCUGAACAGCGAGGGUGCAUUGCAAGCCUCGCAAACGGGCAAUGCCACUGGCGCCUCCAAGCCAGAGAUUGACUUCCUGGGCCUGAACCGCUACCCCGAUCCUCACCAAAUUGAGCUCAAGCAGCUUUUCUGCAACCUCCGAAACACCCACCACCACACCCCCAAGACCCUCCUCCCAGAACACAUGUUCUGCGGCGUAGGCUCUGACGAAGCCAUCGAUGCUCUCCUCCGAUGCUUCUGCGUACCAGGCAAAGACAAAAUCCUCACCUGCCCCCCAACCUACGGCAUGUACAGCGUAAGCGCCCAAGUCAACGACAUCGAAAUCGUCAAAGUGCCCCUCGACGCCUCCAACGGCUUCCACCUGCAACCAGAGAAAGUCAACGCCGCCCUCUCCGCAGACCCAUCCAUCAAACUAGCCUACAUCUGCUCCCCAGGAAACCCCACCGCGAACCUCAUCCGCAAAGAAGACAUCCAAAAAGUCCUCGAGCACCCAACCUGGAACGGUGUCGUCGUAGUAGACGAAGCCUACAUCGACUUCGCCCCAGAAGGCUCCAGCCUCGCAGAAUGGGUCACAGAGUGGCCCAACCUGGUCGUCAUGCAGACCCUCAGCAAGGCCUUCGGUCUCGCAGGUAUCCGCCUCGGAGUCGCAUACACCAGUCCUGAAAUCGCCCUGUUGCUCAACAGCCUCAAGGCUCCCUACAACAUCUCCAGCCCGACCAGCGCACUCGCCUCCGCAGCCCUCACAGCCCCCAAUAUGGCUGUCAUGCACGGCUAUCGCACGCAGAUCAUCGCCCAGCGCGAUCGUCUCCUCCGUGAACUCCCCGGUAUCCCGGGUGUGGGCCAAUUCCUUGGCGGGUCGGAUGCGAACUUCCUGCUUGUGCAGAUGCUCAACUCGGAUGGCCGACCGUGUAAUAUUACGGCCCUUGCGGCGUAUGAGGCGAUGGCGGAGAAGCGUGGGGUUGUUGUUCGAUUCCGUGGAAAGGAACUUGGGUGUGAGGGUUGUCUCCGUAUCACUGUUGGAACAGAGGCGGAAACUACCAAGUUCCUGCAGGAAUUGCGGGUUGUUCUCGAGGGUCUGCGCUCGGGAGCUGGUAUCGCAUCCUUGCGGUAA